AUGGCCAAGAUUCAUUCUUAUUGCAUUUCUAAUCUUAAAAAUGAACUUAAAUUUUAUGGGAAGGAGUUGUCAGAGAAUGAGUUACGUGAAAGUGCGUUAAACCAAACAACGUAUGCGGAAAUAGAAAAUACUAACAUAUUAGAACAGAAUAAGGAUGUUUUAAUGUCUUUUCAAUUGUCAAAUCAUGAGAAACUUGAAAUAGAGUCUGUUAUUAAUUUGUCGCAUACAAAUUUUGGUCAAGGUGAUAAUGAAGAAGUAUCAUAUACAACAACAGAAAUACAAAAGAGUGAAAAUAUGGAGUUCGACCUUGUCACAAUUGUGGAAA